AUGUCGGGUGACAAGACUGAGAAUGAACUCAUGGAGAUUGAGGAGGUUGCCGUCUCCGAUGGCGGUGCGGCCCGCUUUGCGCCGGUCGAAGUGCAGAGCGGCGAGGAGAAGUAUGAUGUAGUGUGGCAGGAGACGGCGAAGCUGCUGCGCUUUGACGAGGGAGAGAAUCAAUGGAAGGAGCGUGGACAGGGUGUAGGAAAGAUACUGCGCAAGAAGGAUGAUAAGGGAAAGUUCAUGUUUGUCUUUCGCCGUGAGGGCAUUGGCAAAUUGGCCGCGCAGCACUUUCUGCUCAAGUCCAUGAAGGUUAAACUUCACCCACAGAAUGAGAAGGCACUGCUGUGGAUGGCACACAAGGACUACACAGAUGAUGAAGAGGGAUUCCCGGAGAAUUUUGUGAUGCGCUUUCCCAAUAAGGAAUUGGCGGCAAAGGCUUUAACUGCUUUCCAUGAUGCCAUCGCCGCUUCUUCUGUGUAA